CAGGAGGAGUGCUGGUCCUCCGGCUGCGUUGGACGGUGGGACACAGGCCGUGACGCUCACCCGCACUCGCUCGGUGUCUGACAACAACAACAACUACUACUACCACCACUACUACUACUUGCAUCCGUUUAGCGCCCUUCGCUCGGGAGCAGCAGCUUGUGGAGCUCAACCGGGCAGAGCUCAACGCCGAGCCAGCGGGAGAGAGGGAAUAGCCACUAAUCUGCAUUUCACAAACGACAAGUGGAAACAACUGAGGAAAAAAUCGGAAGGAAGCAAAAUCAGGAUCACAAAGACUUGACACUUCUGCUCUGAGAUUCCUAGGCUUCAGAAUGGUAGCUAAGAAAUUAAUCAUAGCUAUAUCAGUUAUGUUCUGCAGUUUGCUUAUCAUCAUAUCUGUUUCAAUUGCCUUUGCAACCAAAAAGAAAAUUCUGUCCUCAGGAUUGAAGUAUGGGAUUAUUCUUGAUGCUGGAUCCAGCAGGACAACUGCAUUUGUUUACCAGUGGCCAGCAGAAAAGAAGCAUAACACUGGUCUGGUGACUGAAAAAUAUCAUUGUAGAAUUGAAGGACCCGGCAUCGCAACUUACAAAGAAAACCCUAAACAAGCAGCUAUUGCAAUCCUUGACUGCCUGAAUCGCACAUUAAAAAUAAUCCCAAAAGAGCGAUAUAGCACAACGCAAGUCUGUUUGGCAGCUACAGCAGGAAUGCGACUACUAGAACUGCAGGAUAAACCCGCAGCACAGAGAAUACUUUCAGAAAUCGAAGCUUUAUUCAAAACGUUACCAUUUAAUUUUGGACGUGUUCAUAUUCUUACUGGGAGAGAAGAAGCAAUUUACGCUUGGAUCUCAGCAAACUAUUUAAAGGGCAAUUUAGUAAAGAGAAAUAAUAAGCAAUAUAGACAUCCUUUUAUUGUCAGAACUUCGGGUGCAUUGGACUUAGGUGGAGCUUCUACACAAAUAGCCUUUACUCCCAGAAGGAUUUUAAAUAAACUUGCUACCCCAGCCAAAGUUAUGUUGUAUGGGCACAAAUAUGUGAUCUACACUCAAAGCUUUGAAUGUUAUGGAAAGGAUGAAGCUGAGAGGAGAUACCUGGUGAAUAUUUAUCAGGCUUCAGAAAGCAAGUGGCCUUAUCAAAGUCCUUGUUGGCCCUCUGGGUACAAUGAGACAGUUUCUAUGAAAGAUCUAUUUGGAAGUUUAUGCACUGCAUCGAAAAAGCCAGCAAAUUACAAGCCUGAUGAUGAGAUAACAUUCACUGGAACUGGAAAUCCUGCUAAGUGCCAGGAGUUAGUGUAUUUAUUGUUUGAUUUUAAAGCCUGCGCUGGUAAGCACUAUUGCUCAUUCAGUGGAAUCUAUCAACCAACAGUCCGUGGAAAAUUUAUGGCCUUUUCUGCUUUCUAUUACACCAAAAGAGCUUUGAAGUUGCCGACUUCAUUUACAUUGACCACCUUCACUGAGACACUUUGGUCUUUUUGUACCAAAAGCUGGGCUGAGCUGAAAGUGAUGUUGCCAAAAGAUAAAGAUCGUUACCGCAAAGGAUACUGUUUCAGUGGUAACUACAUGCGCACACUGCUAAUAUCCGGGUACAAGUUUAAACCAGCAUCCUGGAAACGCAUAAGUUUUAAUAAAAAAGUGGACGGCAAUGAAGUAAACUGGUCACUUGGUUACAUGCUAAAUGUCACCAAUCAAAUCCCACGAGAAAUUAAAGGGAAAGAAAAUAUGAUUAAGCUAGCUAUAUUAUCAAAAGUUCUCAUUGUGUUUUCUUCAUUAUUAAUGUUCAGUAUAUUUAUCAUUUACCAGAUGAUAAAACAUCCAUGAUUUUUUCAUCUACAACAACACUGAUGAAAAACCUGUAGCUGAUCCUCGUUUUAAGCCAUCUGUUUGACUUGUCAUUUGAUCUGAAGCAUGUUAAUUUAAUUUGAAGAGAAAUUUUGAGUACUAGGUUUCUAAUCUAGCAUUUUGUACAUGAGCAGGCAAUGCCUCAAUAUUCUCAUUAGUAAGUUUCUCUUUCACUAGCAUCUAAACAAUUUAGGAUACACAAUGGUACAGUAAACCUCACAAGUCAUAUCAGUUAGGACCAUGCAUUCAAUACGACUUAUGAAAAGUAUGAGUUAAAUGUAAAACAUACAUAAAUCGUAUCAUACAUGACUUAUGUAGGGUUAUGAUGUCGGAUUUUAAAUGACUUAGACACAACAAAUACUGUACUCAGAAUUUCUCCUUAUGACAGAACAGAUCGGUUCAAGGUGGGAGGUUGGGGAACAUUUUUUAAUUUAAUCUUAAUUUGAAAGCCGGGUUUCCGCAGUUCUUAAAAAAGAUUCAGCUUCCAAAUUGAGACUUUGUUUUAGAAUUUUAACUUCCCUGUUAAAUAAUUUUUUAAAAAUGGUUUGACAGACUAAGAAUUGAUGGAUUUCCAGGUCUAUAGUUUGCUAAAUUAUAUGUAAAAUUGCUGAUUUCAUGUAUGCUUUUUGCUUUGAAGCACUGAGUAAAGGGACACUAGAAGGAAACCUUCCACUAAUCACUCACAUAAACUUGUGGGUCACUGGUCACAGUAGAGUUGAGAGCAGAUCACCUGACUAUCAUUGGCCCUGUAAUAGGUCCAAAGAGAACAUGGGAAGAACUUGAAUAACUCAGAACCAAACAUUAAAUAGAAAUAAAAAUGGAAUUACUUUGUCUCACAAUAUAUACCAUAGAGUAACGAUGUUAAUUAUGACUGUAAUUUUGUAGAGACAGUUCUGAAUGAAUGUCCCAUAUUUUCAGUGUUUGUUGGAUUCCUUGUCUUUCUAGAAUGCAUUUGGAAUCUUUGUUUUAAGCAGUACACUAUUUUGGGUGAUUGAUUUGUAAUUAUCAUCUGAACUCUCUCAAACAAUUCAGAAAUCACUCCAGGAGACCUGUUAGUUUUACAUAUUAUAAUUGUUAUAUAUCAUUCAGUAUCGUUAUUGCCAAAAGCUGCUUGUUUCAUGUUUCUGUUAAAUGUCAAUAUUUUAAUACAUGAUUAAAGUUAACU